GUUUCGAGCGACUAGGUACGAGCUUCGUAGUCAUCCUGGAGCGCAGGCGCGAAAUUUUAGGGACGUCCCUCGACUCGUGGACGCCAAUGGUGAACGAGGGGCGUUACCGUUGUUGGGGCCCAACCGAUGACCCCGUGACCACAUCGGGAACCACCACCACAGCGUCGGGCAUCCACCACAACCACGACAACCGCGUGCUCCUCGCCGGCGUUCUUCAGGAACUCCUCUCCAAUAGUACCUUGGAACCGAAGUCGCUGCGCGUGAUAUUUGCUUUUCUUGUUGUCAAUACCGAAUAGCCAGGUAAAGAGUCCGCCUGGCUUCGACCGGCCUCGCCUCGCCCUGGCUAACUCAAAGUCGAAACGAAAGAACGCGAGAGGAUUUGGCGCUGAUUAUUUCCUCGCUUUUUUUUCCGAUGCCUCGUUUCCCGUGAGAUUUCUUCAUUUUUUUUCGGGACGGUAGACGUCCGCAUUAGAAAUUUACACGCGUUCAGUGCCGAUGAAUGAUUAGUGAGUGAAAAUUUUUUGGAUAAUUGCGUGCAAUACGCAUCACCGGGAGACAUGGACGUCACCGGUGGAAUGAGACCGAUUUUUGGUGGAUAUCCUUUUCAAGGUCAAGGGCGAAUGAACCAGCUCGGCGGCGUCUUCAUAAACGGACGUCCUCUGCCGAAUCACAUCCGUCUGAAGAUCGUCGAAAUGGCAGCCGCGGGGGUCAGGCCCUGCGUGAUCUCCAGGCAACUUCGAGUCUCCCACGGAUGCGUAUCGAAGAUUUUGAACCGCUACCAGGAAACGGGAUCCAUAAGGCCCGGCGUAAUCGGUGGCAGCAAACCCCGAGUCGCUACCCCAGAAGUCGAGGCGAGGAUCGAAGAUCUGAAGAGAGAAAAUCCCGGCAUCUUCUCUUGGGAAAUCAGAGACAAAUUAAUGAAGGAGGGAUUUUCGGAUCCACCGAGCGUGAGUUCGAUCAGCAGGCUUUUGAGAGGUGGUCGCCCGGGGGAAGACGGUAAAAAGGAUUAUACGAUCGAUGGGAUCCUCGGCGGUGGCCGCUGCGGAGACGAUUCGGACACCGAGAGCGAGCCGGGGAUCCCCUUGAAACGGAAACAACGUAGGAGCAGAACGACCUUUACCGGGGACCAAUUGGAGCAACUCGAAGCCGCCUUCCUGAGGGCGCAGUAUCCCGACGUUUACGCUAGGGAAGAACUCGCCCAAAGAACCGGCCUGACCGAAGCCCGGAUCCAGGUUUGGUUCUCGAACCGAAGGGCUCGUCUCAGAAAACACGCCGGUAGCAUAGCGCAUUCGGUGGCUAGUCUGCCGUUGACGCCGUGCCAAUACACGGGCUCCCACGACCUUUCCCAGAUCCCAACGCAAGUCCCUCAAAUGCCCGGAGGGAUUCCGCAGGUGCCAACGUCGCUCCAUCAGACGUCAGCGUCGAGUCUUCAUCAAGUUUCCGGUGCCGGAGUCGGUCAGAUGUCCGCAUCCCUGGCUGCCCAAAUUCCUACAACCAUGGGCAGCGCCCUGGGACACUCGACUUCCCUUAGCGGGCACCUGGGAUCAAUCCCUGGACACGUGAAUUCCAUGCAGAUGAGCCAGGCUUCGACUCCCCUGCAACCGCCAGUCGCUCACGCGACGCCUUCCUCCGUCAACCACAAUCCAGGAAACUCCGACUGGUCGCGAACGCAGUUCGGCUGGGGUCAGUUCAACCACUUCCAAAAUAGCGAUUAUUCGACACAUCCCAGUGGUCAUCACGCGGCCCAUCCUACCCACCCCGGACACGCGACUCACGCGGGGGUUCAAGCCACGGUAUCCGGGGAGUGGGUCGGUUACGAUCAAGGAUACGAAUAUUCGCAGGCGCAAGCACAGGCUCAGGCUCAGGCGCAAAUAAACUACCAUCGCAGUGUCGGCGGAAUAUUUUAGCAAAUAAAUUAUACGAAUGUACAUAUACAUACAUAUGAACGAGAAUAUAUAUUGUAAAUAAUCGAAUGAAUAUAGCGAAUGUUAUCGUCAACCGUUGUAGAGGGUUUGUCUUUCAAUCCAAGGCAUGGAAGAACUGAUUUUUUUUUAACCCUUUUCAGCAAGCGUGAUCCUGU